AUGUCGGUCUACGAAGAUCCAGCAUCAACCGCGCUUUACUCCCAGUACGUAAUGGAUCAAACGGCUGCAGCUCACACUAAUGGAAUGACAGAUCAACAGCAGCACUCUACAGAAGAAAAUGCUGGUGGUACGCAUGUAAAAUCAGAAGAUGCGUCCGAUACCGCAGCAGCACCUCAACAGUCUGAUUGGGAUCGAUAUUGGGAUAUUGUUAAAACAAAUCCAGAUGACUUUGCAUCAUGGGAAUAUUUAAUUCGACUUGCAGAGACAGCGGAAGGUGGACUAACACCACAAUCGCCACCCUCCAAUAUAUCAAACAUGCGUAUGGUCUACGAUCAAUUUCUGGCCAAAUUUCCUUUGUGUUUCGGUUAUUGGAAGAAAUACGCUGAUCUUGAAUUUGUGCUGGAGGGUGCCGCUAAUGCCGAAAAGAUUUAUGAACGUGGUGUUGCUGCUAUUGCAAAUUCAGUUGAUUUGUGGACGCAAUAUUGUGCAUUUAAAAUCGAACACGCGCAGGAUGAAGAAUCUAUUCGAGGGCUAUUUGAACGUGGUGCUGCGUAUGUAGGCCUGGAUUUUUUAGCACAUAUCUUUUGGGAUAAAUAUUUAGAAUAUGAGGAAUCUAAAGAAGCAUACGAUCGUGUAUUAAAAAUAUUGGAACGCAUUAUACGAAUUCCAAUGCACCAAUAUGCUAAAUUCUUCGAUAAAUAUACGCAAUUAUGUCCAACACGCCCAGUCACAGAACUUGUUAUUCCCGAACAGUAUCAACAACUUGAAGCAGAGGCAAGGGCGGCACCACCCGUACCACCUUCUGAAACCACGGACGGUGAACAACCGCCUGCCCCUGCUGAAAAAACCGAAGAGCAGAUUCAGGCAGAUGUUCGAAUGCGUAUUUAUAAUAUGAAUGUAGAAAUUUAUAUGAAAACGCAAACUGAAACGAACAAGCGAUGGCCAUUCGAAUCGGAGAUAAAACGACCAUACUUUCACGUGAAGCCGAUGGAUGAUGUUCAACUUAUAAAUUGGCGGAGAUAUCUUGAUUUUGAAGAAACAGAAGGUGAUGAAACUCGAAUUCAAGUUUUAUUCGAAAGAUGCUUGGUUGCUUGUGCUCUAUACGAUGAAUUCUGGCAAAGAUACGCGCGAUGGAUGUUAUCAAAGAACAGAAUUGACGACGUCAGAAAUAUUUAUCAGAGAGCCACUUCAGUUUAUAUUCCUAUCAGUCGUCCGUGCAUACAUUUAUCGUUCGCUUGUUUUGAGGAAGAGCAGCGAUAUUUUCGAAAUGUAGUGCCAGGACAUGUUGAAACGAUAUCAAAAUAUGCACAUUUUGAAAGACGUCAACAUCCUAGCGCCUUAGCUAUUCCACUCAACAUAAUUCAGGAUGCGAUUAAAAGCGAAGCAUUAGCCUCGGACUCGAAGGCUAAGGCUUUUCGAAGUGUGCAGCAAGCUAAAUUGCUGUGGCAUAAUCAAGGUUCUGUCGAAGAAGCUCGGCGGAUAUUUCAAGAAGGUUCUACUCAAUAUUUGGAUAGUAAAUAUUUCUGGCUAAAUUAUGCUAAUUUUGAAUUAGCACAGACAGAUCCCGAAGCGGAGGAAAAUCUGCAUAAAUUAUUUGAACAGAUUCGAAAUUCAUCACUUAGUUCCGAUUCAAUACGAGAAUUAUCACAACGUUAUCUCGAUUUCAUAAUGGAGCGCGGAUCUUCCAUUGCUUUAUAUAAUAAAAUUGACGUUGAAGUAAAUGGUCCUAUCACUGCACGUCCAAUUUCAGAUCCGAAGAAGCGUGGGCUUGAAGACGAAGAACUCGAAAGAGUAACCAAACAAAUGCGGGUCGACGGAGUUGAAAGCCCCGUGAGUGCGAGUCCAUCUGCGGUAUCCUAUGGAGUGACACCAGCAGCACCUGUCGCUUCUACGGCUGCAGCGCAAGCUUCAUAUUACUCACAGGCACCUUGGGGAUAUACUGCGGCUGCAGCUGCGAGUGCAGGACAGACCUAUCAAUAUCAGUAUCCAUAUACACAACCAGCAACAACUGCAUCCACUCCUGGAGCAGCUUCAACAACUACUACCGCUAUUCCAUGGGAUUACACUCAACCAAGUACCACGGGAUAUUAA